AUGAGAGAAUUUGAAACUAUCAUUUGUAUUGCAGAUCCAUACGUUCCGCCUGAAGAUAUGACAGACUAUACGAUCGUCGAGGAAGGCAACAGGAAAAAGUUUAGCUGCAACAAAUGUGGCACAUUACUGAGUACGUUGGACAGUAUGAGGAUGCAUAUAGUGGCCGGACACUUCAACAUAAUGACCUUUGAGUGCCCACUGUGCGACGCGAAGUUCAAACACAAGGGCACGAAGACGCAGCACCUCGCAAAGAAGCACGGCAUGGAGGAAAUAAAAGUCGGAGGCUCCAAAGUGGUCAGGGAAGCGCAAAAGUGUGUAUGCGAGAUUUGUAAAAAGGAAUUUCCGAGCCGGAAUUGUCUCACCCGGCACAUACCGACUCAUAGACUGUUUAAUUGCCCAGAAUGUUCCGUAGUGUUCAGGAAAGAUGAGAUAGCGAUACACAGGUCUGAAGCCCACGGUGUGACUAUUCCAACAUGUGGGGUGUGCGGUUACAAGAACAGCAAAGAAUGGAGGGUGAUCACGCAUCAAAGGAAAGUGCAUUUAAAGGAGAAAAAUCUGUCGUGUCCGCAUUGCGAAGCGAAGUUCUUCGAUAUACACCAGUUGAGGAAGCAUCUUGUUAGAAGUUUCCGAGGCUGA